AUGGUCCGCCAUUUCGAACCAUGUGCCUCAACGGCUGGCAUGUUCUUGUAUGCCCAAGGCAACUCCAUCGUCUGCUGCCACCAUGACACACUCACAAUUGAGCGCCGGUUUUCUGGCCACGCCGAUGAAGUUCAAUUACUUUCCGUCGACAACAUGAGCGAGCGUGGCGCUGGCCGUCUUGUUGUCAGCUAUGAUGCUAGCCAAAAUGCCAUUGUGUGGGAUAUCAUGUCUGGUACUGAAGUGGCGCGGUUUGCUUCGUUCAGCAACCUGACAGCUGUUUCAUGGAUGCGAAACGGAACCGUUGCUUUUGGCAACGAUUCGGGCACAAUCAUCCUGUUUGAGCCAGAAACGUCGGAGCACAUCUCGUUCCGAACAAUACAUCAGAUAGCCGUUACGGCGCUAGCACCAGCGACUGACUGCCGGACUUUUGCUAUAGGGUACCAAAAUGGCUCACUUCUGGUUUGCAACCUACAACCGAGAUUUACUAUUCUACAUAACCUGUCCACCUCCCGAGGGCCGUCACCAAUUGUAGGACUAGCCUGGCACGCGUCGUCGUCCAGGCAAAGGUCCGACAUGCUGGCUGUGCAGACGUACGACGGCGACCUUCGUGUAUGGAGUGUAGCCAAAGCACAUCAAAGUGCAGACCCUGCAAAGGUUGUGCGCAUAUUGCGGCGCACAGAGAAUUUUGCGCCUGGGGCAAACUGGAUGGGCUGGUCGAAGAACGGCCGUAUUAUUCAAUUCUCAGAAGGCGAGACACUGUCUUGGGAUGUUCGGACAAAGCACGUCACAUACGACAGCAUUCCUACCUUGGAGAAUGUCAGAGGUCUAAGCGUGUAUGGGCCUGGUGCGAGUCUCUUCACACUGGGUGCCAACAACACGGUUCAGCAAUACGACCUGAAUGCCCCGUCGGUCCUGGUGGCAGAUGUCCAGCACCCGGCAAACCUGCUCCCACCGUCGCCGCCUGUCUCAAUAGAAGAGCAGGACAAGGUGGCGGCCGCAGCAGCUGCCGCAGACGCCUCAUCUUCUGAGGCAGCCGCGAGCACUUCGGCGGCCAACACGUCCGAGUCUGAGAUUUCUAUUCAUCUGGACGGUGGAGUAUCUGAGAGCGAUGAAGACCACAUGUCGCCCUUUACACGCAUGAUGCACUCUUCACAGGCGGUCGAUGUCGACUCAGAAAUAACCCGGACGGCCAGCCGAACAUCCUCACGCAGCCAAAUCUCUAGCCAGUCGUCAAGAUCUGGCCAUAGCAGUCGCACUCCCGGCCGCUAUCAAGAGUCGGUGUCCAAUGUAUCACGUGGCCAAUCGGAGAACACCUAUCUGUCUGUGGGCUCGUCGCUCAAGUCAGUUGCUUUUCAGGGGUACCCACAACAGCAACAGCACCAUCGGCAGCGCCAGUCGGUUUCCUACAGUGUGACUACCGGAACAUCGUCUGCCUUGUCUGCGACUAGUAAUCGAGGUGGCAUGGCACGGCCAUCGCGGCUGCGCAACGAGAUUCCGCGCAGCCCAGACGAUGCCAAGGUGCAUGAUCUUUUCAAAUUCACACGCAGCCGGCUGAGCGAUGUCCCAUACCGAAUGCCACCAAACAUCAGCAACUCUCGACUCACCAAUGACGAUCUUCGAUGCCAAAUGCUGACUACCGUCUUUGGCUGGCCACGGGAUAUUGAGGAUCUUGUGCGAGAUGAGCUGAGCCGUCAUCCUGCUGGAUCUGCAAACCGCAUCCUGCUUGCGAAGUGGCUCGGCGACAUGGAUGCCGAUAUAAUGUCGACGAGCUCGGAGACGAUGACGUCAUCUGACUGGAUGCUACUCGCGCUCAGUGGCAUCGGAGGCCAGGCUAGCCAGCACAAGCUGGGGCGUGCAUACACGCAGCGUCUGCUGGAGAGUGGUGAUCUACAUGCGGCAGCCACGAUCAUGAUUGGCAUGGGUGACUUUAACGAUGCGAUCGAGAUCUACGGCUCGCACCACAAAUACAUGGAGGCUCUCAUUGUAGCCUGUCUCUUCUACCCCUCUGUUUGGGAGCGCCAGUCUCACCUGGUCAAGAAAUGGGGCGAAUGGGCUAUCAAGAACGGCCAGAAGGAGCUGGCUAUUCGAUGCUUUGCCUGUACCGAAAAAGAGUCGACAGAGCCGUGGACAUCGCCUUCGGCUGCGCAGAUGAACUUCCCUUCUAUCCAGGCGACGUUGCCAGAGGUGCUGAGCCCGCCGCUGUCUCCGCCGAGUGUGAUGCGUGGUCCACAGCGAAGCAUUGCAAAGUCUUCGGCGCUGCGGCUGAUCACCAACUUUGGCGAAGACAAUGCCGCAAAGGCCAGGUUCUUCUCCGGUCAGGAAGAUGAUGGGGCCACACCCAUUGCUGCAGGUGUAACCCCGAUCAUGGAUUCGGCCAUCUCGCCGGCUGCCGGCAGCAACAACGGAGUGACUACAGCUUUCCUGCGCCCGUCGCAGCGUAGCACCUUCAACACGCCCAAUUCUGCGCGCCCUGGCGGUGGGGGCUUUUCCAGACAGCGCCUGCCAUCCAUUGGCGAGGCACCGGCUGACGCGCUUCUCACUCGAGAUCUUCUCAAGGGUGUAACCGCCGAGUUGGAGCCUCCAACACGUCCAGUAGAGGGGGUCGAGAAGCUGCACGCACGCUCUGUCUCUCCCAAGGCAAUGGCUUCUGACGACCUUCAUCUCGACAAUGCCAGCAGUGGUGCCAACUACAUGGUUGGAAUGAUGCUACAGAGAGCUUCGACAUCGAGCCCGCUGUGCAGCCGGAAGGAGCAACCGCCGCCGUCACCUUCGCCUGCGUCUCUGGUGAUGUUGAUGGAAGGCCGUACCAGCCGAAACGGACCUCGAAACCGCAUCCCACAUGGCGUUGAUCUCCAGAUUGACCCCAAGAACGGUGCGGCAGUGGCAGCGGCAGCAGCAGCGGCAGCGGCAGCGGCUACGUCACCAGAGCAGUCUAUCACGUCGUCGAGCCGUUACCGGUGGCCAACUAGACGGCGUGGUCCUGCCUCUGUGAGCAGCUCUAUCACAUCCAACUCGAGCGCUACUCACGGAGCACGGAGCUACCGCCUGCGCAACGGAGAAGCCCUGAACACGGGCAGGACUCUGGACGACUAUAUCAACAGCCUGGAAGCGGCCAAGUCGCGGGCGCGCCCCAGCAGCAAGGAGCGUCAGCGUCAGCGGUCUCGUGAGGCGAGCCGGCGCCGUCGACCCUCUGCGAGCACUGGCACGGACACCUCUGGCGCACCGACGCCAACUCCGUCAACACAUGGUCGUGAGAUACCGGCAGCCGAUGACCGCAGCUGGUCCGGAUCGCGGGGCUAUGCCGGCUCGAAGAACAGCGGCAAGCGGUCGCCGAGUUCGCCGGUACCGAUGUCGCCAGAGGACCUGCUCAACUUGGGUGCGCCGAGGAUGUUUGGCAGGGACGAACAGCCGGCGACUGGUGCAGGUGUGGAGAUUGCUGGACUCACGCUCACGAAGUCAGCAACGCCAGUGCAGCACGUCUCCCGGCCUUCGUCCAAGUCACGUCCCACGAGCCGUACUUCGAGCCGUGGGCGCACUGCCGGCAGUCGUGCAAAGAGUCCUGAGCGCAAGCCGCUGGCACUGACACUGGAUGUCGGGCGUGGCCGGCUGAACAAUCGCUCUGGCUCUGCUGUGCGGUCGCCGUCGUCUCCGCUGCCGUUCUCGAGCAACGCAGCUGCCUACUACAACUCCGAGGACGAUGACGACUACAAGAAGGCUGUUGAUGAACAGGAGAAGUUCCGCAGCCGCGACAGGGCCAACUCAAACCGGGAGCGUAGCUCCAGCCGGAGCCGUCGUGAGGCCUCGCCGGGGUCUCUUCGGGCACGAGACAGAUCGCGCAGCCGUCGCCGGCCGACACCCACGGCCGAUGCAGCAGUUGCUGCCACCGGAACGUCCACACCGGCACCACCUGCAUCCCGGAAAGAGCGGGGUCUGCCCGGCCCACCGCCGGCCCCUUCGGCUAUCGCAGUGGCUGCAGGCAUUGGCAUCGGCAUCGACAGAGGCCACACGCCCAAUCUCUCCGAGGACAGUGGCCGCAGACGUGCGUCGUCGUCAGCAUCCAACAAGGGCAGCAUGGGCGACCUCAAGCAGCUGUCGAUGGAUGAACGUGCCCUGCGCAAAGCAGCAGCCGCUCGGGAGCUGGAAGAACGGCGCAAGUCGCUUGUCCGGCGACCACUGGUGCCGCCAGUCAUGCACCCUGAUAUGUUGUCCCCGGCAUCUGGGGUUUUUUUACAACAGCAGCAGCAGCAGCAGCAGCAACAGCCACGUGUGCCUGAAAUGUUCGAGCUGAACAUGCCCGACAGGUUCAUGGCCCCCAUGGAUCUCCCGAUGCGUAGCCAGUCAACCGACCCGUCUGCUCAGCAGUCCAAGACGACAACCCGUACGAGCACAUACAGCAUGUAUGCGUCCCGUGGCCAAAACAUUGGGCUUCCAGCGACACCAAAGGCUAUGCGGCUUGUCAGGGAGUCUGGUGCUGGAGGAGUACCGAGCGUGCCGCCCAUCCCAACCAACUACACGUAUCAACGGUCGCCGCCUGCAUCCGAACACAACUCGCCCAAGGAGAGCGCGCCGAAACGUGCCGAGACUGCAGACAACACGCCGGUCCCUACACCGGCCCCGGCUAAGGAAGAGACUCUGACUCUGCUGCCGUCGACAGUGUACCAGCCGCCCAGCCGUUCUGCUAUUCCUCGAUCGAUGUCGGCGCCUCCCGUGGAGCUUUCUUCUCCGCGGAAGAUGGGCCGUGUGCCGGAGCUCGUCAUUACGAAAUCCGCCCAUGACGAGAAAGCGUUGCACGGCCGACGACCGUCGCUGGAUGACGCGAUACCACUACCAGAGCGACCACCAAUGUUGAAGGAACUCGCCCAUCUGGCCAUGCCGCCACCGCCACCUCCGGCACCACUUCCCUUUGGCGUGAGCCAAAACCCACAUGUGGUGUAUGGCGGAAACACUUCUGGCACGAUCGAGGUGGUGAUGGACGAUGGCGAGGUUCGACCGAUCUUCACCAUGUCUCCCCCGCCCCAGACGCAUCACUCAGGAUCGAUUCCGCCGCCGCCACCUGCACCACCGAUGGCACCGGAAGGCAUGGAAGGCAGCGGGACGCAGUCUCGUAACGGACACCGCCGUGGUCGCAGCAGCACUGAUAACUCUAUCGCUGGCCGCUUCUCACGCGCCACCGAUCGCAUGCGCUCUGGCAGCCGCGGCCGCAACAACUUGUCGGCGGCCUCUCGCACAAAGUCACCCGAGGCCGGCUUUGCUCCAUACGAGAGCAUCCACAACCCCGCAAGCAGCCGCCAGCCGGAGAUGGCCUAUGUGCCGUACGAGAGCGUGCUGCCACCGCCAAACUACGUCAUCCGCAACAGCCCUCCGCAAUCUCAGCAGCAGUACCGUACCGGACUUCAUCAGAGCGAGAUGAUCUGA